AUGACAAGCAAUGUAUUAUAUAAUAACGAUAAUGACGAAAUCCCUAUAAUUGACUUUUCAAUAGAAUGUUCGAAGAAAAUAAAAUAUGCUUGUGAAUAUAUUGGAUUUUGUUAUUUAAAAAAUCAUGGAAUUUCCAAUGAAUUCAUUAAUGAAAUGUUUUCAAUUGCAAAAGAAUUUUUCAUUGGAAUAUCAAGAGAAGAACAAUUAAGAUAUAUUAUGAAUGACGAAUAUUUUGGUUUUGUUGAUUUAAAGCAAGAAGCUUGUCAUGAUUUAUGUAUGAAAGUAUUACAAUCGUUGGCAAUAUCAUUGAAGAUUGAAGAUAAUGAAGAAGGAGAAGGAAAAAAUUGGUUUUCUAAAAGACAUGGGUAUGGAAUGAAAUCCGGUGAUAAUUUUAGAAUAUUACAUUAUCCUCCUAUUACGAUUGAGGAAGGUAAAGUGUCGGAAGACAUUAAUUAUAAUCAAGAUAUCAGAGCUGGAAGUCAUACAGAUUACGGAUCCAUAACAUUAUUAUUUCAAAAAGAAAUAGGAGGAUUAGAAAUUCAACAUCCAUACACCAAAAAAUGGAUACAAGUCCCCGUUGUUCCUAAUGCAAUUUUAAUUAAUAUUGGAGAUUUAAUGGAAUUUUGGACAAAAGGUUUAUUUAAGUCAACUAAACAUCGUGUUCUAUUUAAUAAAGAAAAUAUGCAUUUGCAUAGAUAUAGUAUUGCUUAUUUUUGUCAUGCUGGAAGAGAUAUUGGAUUAGAUCCUAUUCCUAGUGAAUUCAUCAUCGGAAGAAUAAGGGAAGGGGAAGGAAUAGAUGAAAUGAACGAAAGAAAAAGAAUUACUGCUGGUGAACACUUGCGAUUUAAGCAAGAAAAUACUUAUAAACCAAUUAUUAACUGA